AUGGCUAUAAGAGCUAACAAGUCUCGAUCGAUAUUUCUUGAAUUAACUGAGGCUCAAGAUUGCACCAACACAUUCCAAAAUCUUCACAACAAGACUAACCUCUCCAUAUGUAAACUCGAAGAUUUUAUCUCUUCUUCAAAGACACCAAACUUGUGCUCAAAAGAUGUUGAUUCAGUCAUAGAUCUUCUUGGGGCUGAGAGAUUCAAUGCCCUUCAAUCCAAUUGUAAGAACUUAUCAGCUAGUAAUUACAAUGAUGAUGCCUGUUACAGUUGUGUCUUGUCAUAUAGAGAGUCUUUGCAAGCCUUGAAACAAAGUGGUGAUAUCCCAAAUGGAGAAAAGUGUGGUGAGGCUCUCCUUGUUAGUCUUUCAAGUACUGAUGCAGAUUCUGCAAACUGGAUUCCUGGAAUUUUUUCAUGUUUAUGGAAUGAAAUAGAGUCACCAUUGGCUAAACUUACUACCAAAAGAGCUCUUAAGAAAACACUGGAGGAGGAGGAAUCUGCAAGUUACUUGAACUGUUGUGAUCUCUAUGUUUUCUCACAAGAUGAAGUAGCUAAAGCUACCAAUUCAUUUAGUCGUUCAAAUUUUAUUGGAGAAGGCAUUCUAGGGAAAACGUAUAUUGGAAUGAUGCCUAGUGGAAUGAGAGUGGCAAUCAAGAGAUUUAAUGAAGGGAUUAAAGUUAGUCAUUUUCUUGACGAGAUAUGUAGAAAAGCAAAAAUAAGACAUCCAAAUUUGGUCAGCACUGUUGGCUAUUGCGAUAAAGGAGAUCAAUCUUUGGUCUAUGAAUAUUGCCCUAACGGUGAUUUAGCAACCUGGCUUCUCGGAGGCGACCGCAUGACACCAAUCUUGACAUGGCAGCAAAGGAUGAACAUAUCUAUUGAUGUUGCAAGGGGUUUGUGGUAUCUCCAUAGCAAUCCAUUGAUGAAGACAUGCCAUGGAGACAUAAAGCUGACAAAAAUAUUACUGAAUGAGAAACUAGAAGCCAAGAUUUCAGACUUCAAUUUGUCAAUUUACAAAUCAAAAGAGAAAAUUGAACGGGAGAAGAUUGCGAAUGAUGUUUUCAAUUUUGGGAUUGUGCUGCUUCAAAUCAUAACCGGAAGAAAGUCCACAUCUAUUGUUGAGGCAAGGGAUGGAAUAUUGAGAAAAGGAAGUUUAAGUGGCAUGGCAGAUCCUGGCCUAAAAGGGGCAUAUGAUUCAUCUGCAUUUCAAAGUGCACUAUCAAUAGCUGUUCAAUGUACAAAUCCAAAUGAAAGCCUAAGACCUAACACGGAAGAAGUGUUGCAAAAGCUUUUAAUACAUAAAAUUUAG